AAUCACGUAGGUAUUGAAUUGAGUUCCAGCUGUCAAAUUAACUGGAAGAAAAGGAAGGUGAAACCAUUGCGAUUUUAUCAUUUAUUAAAAUUGCCGAGUUAAAUUGACUUCAUUAUUUGUUCUAUUAAUUUGUAUGUAAAAGUUCUGAAAGAAAAUAAAUGUGAUAUUCAAUUUCAUGCCUAGCAUUGCAUUCAGUGAUUAAAAUGUGGGACUCUCCGUACUUGACUUGUUUGGUACUGUAUAUAUUUUCUUUCCAAAUUAUCGUCACUAAUUCUCGCACUUCAAAUAUUUGGAAACUGAGUGUGGAAGAAGAUAAAAUUGUUGACGGGACCAUUAUAUCGCAGGAUGUGGAUGCAGUUGAUAAACCAGCAUUGAGUGAAGAUGAUUCUAUUUUCAACAUUAUAACUUCAACAAUUUACUAUGGUAAUACAUGGACAAAACUUGGAUAUGAUAUGUUUUGUACAGACUGCCAAAUGUAUGACCAGCAAAGAACUGGCACUGAAAAUGGUGAUGAGACUACACCAGCUGAAACAAAUGGUGAUGCUGAUGAUGAAUACUUGGACUGCGGGAAGGCAGUCAACUUCACAUAUUAUGAUAACUUAGUAGGGGUGGCAAGACGUCAUCGGCAUCCUAAUGUACCUGAGCCACAGGUGGCUCUCAUAUUUACAAAGAAGAAGUCAUACAAAAACGGUGUGACAGAGUUAGACAUAAACACGCUGGAAAAACGUUUAAAGAAAGCAAAGCGUGAGAAACCAAAGUCAGUGCAGCUUUACAACCAGAUAGGAAACUUUUGGAGGAUCAAGGGAGAUACACGACAAUCGAUUGAGUGUUUCAGGCGAGCUCUCGCUGUUUCUCCUUACAAUUCUGAGGUACUGCUGAAUCUAGCACGAGUGCUGUUCACCCUGCAAUACCUGGAUGACGCCAUUUACCUGACCCGCCGCUCUUUGGAGGUGCAACCUCCGGACCGCAGCGCGUGGCAACAGUAUUUCACGCUCGGCGAGAUCUUCAAGGCUUAUGGACAUUAUCAAGAGGCGGCGGUUCACCUCCGACACGCGCUGGACCUGCGGCCCGACUUCGAGCCCGCGCUGGCCGCGCUCAAAGACAUUGAGAACAUCCCGGAGGCAUCCGUGCACGUCUACACGCUACUCAUCAUUGUCUGUUUGGUGAUGGGAGUUCUCCUAGUAAUACUGUCGUCAGUGGACAACGGUGGUGACGCAGAAGAACACAAAACCCAAAGGCAUUUCAACCGCGCAAUGGCCAUGCGGUCCCUGCGGGGCGUGGCGCUGGGCGGCCCGCGGGGCAGGAAGAAAGGAUUCUAAAUUAUACAAACACCCUGUUUUAUUCACGAACGUUGGUAGGGUUAAGUCUCUCAGUUAACUUCAGGUGCCUAUAGAGUGAGAUAAAAGAUAAGUCUUGUCAACGUUCGUGAAUAAUCUGAGCCGAGUUGCGAUCUCCUAUUUUAAAAUGGCCGGAAUACAAGUUGAACCGAAAUGGCCGCUAUCUGAUCGGAUGCUGUAAGUCAAACGCACAUCUACCUUGAUUGGCACUGUUUUUGUUGUGCAUUUUUAUGCGUUGAAUAUUGUCUACUAAAUUGUCGUUUGAAUUGAUAUCAUGGUUACUUUAGAAAAACUGUUGUGAUUUCAACUUAUUUUUAUGUGACGCAAUUUCUUUUUUUUUUCUAGUUCUUAUGGGCAUUUGCGUCAAAAGUAAAUGUCUGAAUUCAAUGCUUGCAAUGAGUAUUUUUUCUUUUUGAUUAUUUUUAUUUUUCAGUUUAAUAGAAAAUCAUGAAUUAUUAUGGAUAAACAAACGAAAUAAAAUUUAUAUGAAAUUUCCGUUGUUACAACAGACUAUUUACAGUAGUCGUAUUGUUAAUUACAUUUUUUUUCUUAUGUGGGAAAAUUUGCAUAUGCCUUUGUACUUAUUAGUUGUAAAGUAAAACCCCGAGAUAUGCAACUCGAAGCUCAAAACUGAUCAGUAUGAAACAUUUUACUGCUUAUGAAAUGCAAAUUUGAAAGUAUUUUGUAUCGCUACUAUUGUCUGAUGCGACAAAUAAUGUUCCCGACUCAAUGUUAUUCAGUAAUUGUUUUGCCGACUUAUAAAAAGGAGGUCAUGAAUGUGAAGGAACAUGUACUCAUGAGAGGCUAUUGUACAAAAAAUAUGUUACGUGAAAGUGACCGAGAGGUCUUGCCAUGUCUCAUUUGAUCUCUGCUUAUAGUCACCUCGGUGAUAUGUGGUGUUCCCUUUAACAGUUUGAAAAUUUUUCAUAUUUUACAUUUUAUCAAAAAAGUCUACAAUAAAAAAUCCACUUUGUUCUCGUUUAAAUAUUUGUAAGGUAAUGUUCUGAUUUUUAAACAGAAACUGCUUUAUGAGCAAUAACUAAAAAUAAAAAUGUAGCUAGUACUAGUGAUUGGAUUCUGUACGAACACGGAUUUCGUGAUCGGAAACGCCUGGUAAAUGAAACAUUCGCAAAAUGCCAACUUCUACAGACAAGAAAAGGUAAAAAGCGAAACAGCGAUAGCUUUUCGCGCGAUAAAAACUGCGUCGCGCGUGCCAUACUACGGGGGCAGGAGCUGAUAGGAAUACAAACAAUGUUCCGAAAUUAAGUAAGGGAAAAGGAAAAUUUUUAUAAUUAUUUAUUAUUCUAAACUUUGCUUUAUCUAUCCAUUCAACAUAGCAAAUAUGAGUGCACUACCAAGUCACUAAACAAAUAUGUAGAAUAGUUGGCAUUUCACGAAUUUGCUCAUGGCAUUAGCAAUUAAACUGCAAAUAAAAUAUAAAAUUCAGGACAACCAUUAUACAGACUUCUGCGAGAACAUAACAAUGUCAACUUUGCAUCGAGACUCGAGAGUAACCCGUCUGCAACCUAGUCAUUCACUUAGACAAGUUUGGUCCCGACAGGGGCGAGUGUGUAAUUCGUAUUGUAGUGCAUGCAAAGUAAACUUGUAAGUGUUCGUAGCUUCUAAGGAUUAAAGGGAGGAGUUAAAAUUCUGAGAUUGGUAAAAAUGUACCUGUUUUCAGUGGUUCUUUUGUUAAUUUUUGACUAUUUAUAACUUAAUACAUGAUUGUCUUAGCAUC